AUGAGUCUUGAUCAAUCACAAGUCGCAUUGCGCGACGACCAGCAAUCGACACAGCCCAUUGAACAACUCGCCGUUGAAGAAGAUCCACACGAAUUCGAAUUGACAGGACUUGGCCUGAUCACUGUUGUGUCAGGUCUUGUUCUUGCAAUCUUUCUGGUCUCAUUCGACUCAGCAAUCGUCGCCACUGCUGUUCCAUAUGUGACGGCAGAGUUCAAAUCUGCGGGCGACACCGCUUGGUAUGGAAGUGCAUACACUCUUGCUACUUGCGCUCUUCAGCCCAUUGCUGGAAAGCUGUAUGCCAAAUUCCCAAUCAAGACGAUGUUCCUGAUAUUCAUGGCCAUCUUCGAAAUCGGAUCUCUAGUGUGCGCGACUGCUCCCAACGCCAUCGGUUUGAUUGUCGGAAGAGCAAUUGCUGGAGCUGGAGCUGCUGGAUGUACCACUGGCGGCUUCUCAAUCGUUGCCGUGUCUGUCCGCCUUCCAAGGAGAACGACCUAUCUCAGUGUUCUACAGUCAACCUUCGGCAUUGGUAUUAUGCUUGGACCAUUGCUCGGCGGAGUCUUGACACAACGCGCUACCUGGAGAUGGUGCUUCUACAUCAAUCUCCCAAUUGGUGCGAUAACUGUGUUGUUCCUAGUCCUAUUCUUCCACCCACCAAAGAGCAACGGAAACAAUACUGCCAUGCAGAAAAUGGCGAGCCUGGAUAUGGUUGGACUAUUGUUGUUUGCUCCAGCCACGAUUAUGAUGCUCCUCGCUCUUCAGUGGGGUGGAUUGGAAUAUGCUUGGGGAAGUGCGACUAUCAUCGGGCUUUUUGUCGGCUCAGCAGUAUUGGUCUCAGUGUUUGCUCUCUGGCAGGCCUACAAAGGUGAUGAUGCUAUGAUCCCGCCAAGACUAUUCACGAAGCGUGUGGUGUUCUUCGCUUGCCUCACCGAGCUAUUUGCCAUGGGUACCGUCUACAUUGCCAUCUUCUACCUCCCUCAAUGGUUCCAGAUUGUCAAGGGUGUCUCGCCCACCAGGUCUGGAGUCAUGUAUCUACCAUUGUCGAUGUCAGACGUCGCCUCCGCCUUGGUGGUUGGUGUACUACUUCCGUAUGUCGGGCUUACCAAUCCAUUCAUCUUGACCGGUACGACCUUGCUCGCUGUUGGAUCUGGUCUUUUGUCGACUCUCAACACGUCCUCUGGUGGCAAAUACUGGAUCCCUUAUCAAAUCCUCCCUGGCAUGGGAGCUGGGAUCACACUUUGGAUGCCAUAUGUCGCCAUUCAGACUGUGCUGAAAGCAGAAGACAUACCUGUUGCCACCGCUCUGCUUCAAUUCUUCCAGUCUUUUGGAGCGGCAUUGUUCCUGGCUUUGGCGCAGGCAGUCUUCUCAAGCAUAUUCUAUGCUGCUCUCAAGUCUUCUGAUAUUGUCGGGCUUGAUCUGUCAGCCAUUGUCCACGCCGCUCCUGCAGAAUACAGACAGCUUGUACCAAAGGAAGAUCUGGCGCGGGUGCUGAAUGCUUACAACCAGGGUGUGACGAGCACCUUCUAUCUCGGAGCGGGUCUUGCAGUGGCGGCUUGUUUUGCCAGCUUCGGAAUACAGUGGAAGAGUUUCAAGCCGAAGACUCAAUAA